AUGCUCUCUGCUUCGACCUCGACAUUCUUCGCCGCUCCAAUUCUCUCCGCCACCCCUCCCCCUCCCAAAACAUCGACACGCGCACAUUUCAGGCCAAUAAGCGCCUUCGCCGCCGGUUCCACCUGCACCUCGGACGAGACAGCUACGGCGUCGUACCUCGGCCAUCAGAAGAUGACCUCGCUGUACGAGAUCCUCGGCAUCCCGGCGGUCGCCACGUGUCAGGAGAUCAAAUCGGCGUACCGGCGAUUGGCUAGGGUUUGCCACCCCGACGUGGCGGCGAUCGAGCGCAAGGACACGUCGGCUGACGAGUUCAUGAAGAUUCAUGCUGCCUACUCCACGCUAUCGGACCCCGAAAAGCGCGCCGAUUACGACCGGAAGUUUAUGCGCCGGAGCCGACCGUUGUCAACGGCGUCGGGAUACUCCGGGUACUACACUCGCCGGAACUGGGAGACCGACCAGUGCUGGUAG